AUGGUAAAAAAAGGAUCAACAAAUUCUUUAGAUGAUAAAGAAAAAUCUUUAAAGCAAAAAUAUGAAGAAAUAGAAAAAAAACGAGAAAAAGAAAGGAAAGAAAAAGAAGAAGAGCAAAAAAAGAAAAUCGAAGAGGCAAAAAAAGUUUUAGCAAAAAGUUUAGAAUGCAACUCAACCACAACAGAAACCAAGGCAUCAGGAUUUAAAAGACCGACAAUCCCAAAAAAUCAGUAUCCAAAUACAUCUUUUAUCAGCAGCAAAUAUGGAAACACCAACUAA